AUGAUGGAACGGAGUGCUUUCUUGCGCAAUUUGGGCUCUUUUAUUGUGAAAACUGAUCAGUCUUUGAAGGCCAUCGCAGAGAAACUGGGAUGGAACGCAAAGAAGCUGGCUGAUGAGGAAACGCUUGUUUGUCCUUAUAACAGUGGCCACCGUGUGCCUAUUAGGCGCUCAGAAGUUCAUGAAGAACGUUGCAGAUUGAGAAGUAUGGGCAUAGACCCGGAUGUCGAGAUGUCAGUUAAACUUGAAGGCUCCGAAUUCUUCUACCAAAAGUCUAAACAAGUGGUGACAAUCAAGACAGGUUAGUGUUACAGGUUCUG